CCUUCAUAAUGAAGCAUUGUUCAGGAACACAGCUGAGGCCAAGGGGAGAACAGGGCACGUCCGAAUUCUGGGACCAGUCUGGGAAUCCCAAAAGGAAAUACGAGUUGAACUGAAGGUCUUGGACUCGUCAAGAUCACAAAGAGGAGAACAAAAAACGUGAUGAACACCCUCAUCACCUCUGCAAUUUUGAUGGCCCUGGUCUUCUCGGGGCCCUACCCUUGCUUGACGGCCCCCCUCCACCAAUCAGAUGAUGAUAGUUUUGACCUGGACAACUAUGACCUGAACAGCGUAACGGACUGGGACAACCCGGAAGCCAACCUUUACGGUGACACUUACGAUUAUGAGGACUUGGACCAAGAGAUUGAAGUCGAGACUGAAGCAGCAAGCGUCGAACGCUUAGGCAGCAGAGCAAAAGUUAACCAGCAUGAUGAAAAAGUGACUCUGCCUACUCUGGAUUUCAAAGGAUCCGGCCUAUUUGGACUUGAGACUGGACUGGGAAUGCCUACCUGCCUUCUGUGCGUCUGCAUUGGAGGGAGCGUGUACUGUGAUGACACAGGCUUGAAAGAGAUUCCUCCCCUGCCCAAGGACACCAGGCAUUUUUACGGACGCUUCAACAGCAUACGACACAUUAAGAACACUGACUUUAGAAACCUGGGUAAGCUUCAAUCUAUUGACCUUACUGGAAACCAGAUUUCUGAAAUGGAUGAAGACGUAUUUGGCUCACUGGAGCAGCUGCGUGACUUGUUAUUAGCUGAGAACAACCUCCAGGCCUUGCCAGAACUACCAGUUACCUUGACGCACAUUGAUCUGCGAAACAACAGACUCGACAGCCAAGGGAUCCAUUCCGAGUCCUUCAAGGAUAUGAGUCAGCUGGAGUUCCUCUACCUAUCAAAUAAUAACUUGGAUUACAUUCCAACACCGCUGCCAUUGAGUCUCCGAGUAUUACACUUGCAAGGCAACAACAUCCAGUCGCUGCAUGAAGACACCUUCUGUGACAGCCAUGACCGUUACUUCAUUCGGCGCAACCUAGAGGACAUCCGCCUGGACGACAAUCCUUUGAACAUGAAUUGGUUUCCCCGUGCCUAUGCAUGUCUGCCGCGCCUGCCUGUGGGGAGUCGUUAAUACGUAGUUACUGUUAAAAAGAAAAAUAAUGAUUACUUUUGUGUCAGAACACUUCUUUGUUUAUACACUUGGCUGUGGGUACAGUCGGUUAUUGACGGCCCAAGAUGUUGCUGGAAACCUUCCUGUCUUUUGCAGCUGUGUAACAUUGUACCAUGUGAGUCAAGUCCCCAGGCAUGAGGAAAUAGGCUUUUAGAACACUAUAGCUCGCUUCAUAGACAUGAGCAAAGCCCUUUCACAAUUCACUUCCAUCGCUUUGUAUAGCACAUUGACCUGUUCAUGACAUUCGUAUAUGCAUAGAGAAAGGGUACUGUAUAUAAAUGCAUGUAGAUGGAUACCUAAGCCUCAUUAUUUGUUUGAAAUAAAAGUACAGCAAUUUCUAGAUCAAAAAGAAGAAAUAAAAUAGCUUACACUAAGCCAGGCAUA